AUGGACAGCACCAACGACGAGGAGGCGCAGCAAGAGCGCAAGCAUGCAGUGCAAACGUGGUUGAACGAUGCAGGCGCCAAAGUCCCAGACACGCUGGACGUGAGCGGCGCACUCGAUGACUCGGGCGCCACAGCGCUGCACCUUGCAGUAGCUCACGGCAGCCUUUCUGGUUUGCGGCUGCUUGCUGCGCGCUUGCCUUCCGUUGACCUCUUGGACGAUAACGCUUGGACGCCGCUGUACACUGCCAUCAUGCAGAAGAACCAAGCGGCCGCACUGACGCUGCUUGAGCUCGGCGCCAGUCCCAACGGCUCUACGCACGAGUCACCGUGCCCAUUGUACGCAGCUUGCUACCACGGCUUGCAUGACGUAAUUGUCCGCCUUGUCGCGGCAGGCGCUGACGUUCUGUACACGAUGGAGGACAAGUCGACGCCGCUCACGGCACUCAACGCGCUCGACGACGACAUCGACAUUGCCGCCAUGGCCACAGUGCUCCUUCAUGCCGGCGCGUUGACAGCUUCGAAUGCCAAACACGCCGUCUUUUGGUUUGCGCCCAAUAUCGACCGCAUUCGCUUGCUCGUGCCUUUUGGUCUGCGCGCCGAAGACAUUGAUGCAGAGCUCUUGGUGCUGGACCUGCCCCUCUUGCAGUUGUACAUCGAGCUCGGUGGCAACCCCAAUGCUGUUUGUUACGCCUACUCGGCGAACGUGCCGCUGCUCACAUGCUUACUCCAAAAAGGUGAUCAAACAGGCGCGCGCUUCCUCGCGCCCUACGCCAACGUCAACUACGUCGACGAGGCAGGCUUUUCCGGCAACGUGUGCGCCUUGCGUGCAGCGAUUGCAACGUUCCCAGAACCUUUGACGAUCGAGGUGCUUUUGACCUAUGGCAGCGACAUGCCUCAAGAGUUUUACAAUGACGCCCUCGCGCUGGCCAUCGGCGACGACUGCGUCCAACUCGAGUCUCUAGAACGGAUUGCGUCCAAGGCCAACAUGACAUCCAAGCCCUUCUUGGCAUAUGCCGUCCGUGACGCAGAGCGCGUCGCACUCCUGCUUCGCCUUGGCGCCGACCCGAACCAGCACAACGAGAACGGCGUCUCGCCGCUGUAUCUCGCAUGCCUGGGCGAGUACGCAGAGAGCGUCCGCCUCCUUGUGCCCGUCACCUUGGAUGCAAUCUCCGAGCGCCACAACGGCAAGUCAGCACUUGACGUUGCGCUUCCGAACCUGCAACGAGCGAUCGCAGUCACGUUGCUCCGCGCCGGUUUUCCCGCGCCACCCAAGCUUUCGAUCGAGGACCUCUACUUUCACCCGGCGCUUCCGAAAACCUACGUCUGGUCGCUUUGGCACGCGUCGUACGAAGGCUUCACGGCGUAUUCACGGCUUGAGCUGCAGUACAUGAUGGCUCUCUCGUCGGCGCUGGACGACCCAACGUCGCCGCGUCCAACAACCGGGUUGACGCGCGACGGUCUCGCCUUGCUUCGAGCCGAAGUCAACUUUCGCAAAUCGCAAGAGCUCUUUGGGAUGACGGCGACGACGACGCGCGGUGUCUUCUUCCUCGACGACCCCAAGAUAGCCGCGGUGCACGCGACGCUGAUGCACCAACUAGCGCCGCUCGAAGCAACUGCGCAAUGGGACGGUCCUCGCCUCGACGUUGUCGACCCAGCACUGUACGGCGUGGUCUAUGACCGUACGCUGUACUAUGUGACGCAGCACGGUGGGCGGCUCGGUGUGCCCACUGCAAAGGCGCCAUCGUCGCGCGUCGACCAGAGCGAGUGGAGCUCGGUGACGUGUGAUUUGGAACAGUUUUUGCCGACGCCAGUGACGUGGGACGCGCUGACGGGGCGUGCGACGCUUGACAGCUAUCUCAACAACAUUCCCGUAUCGAUGAAAGCGCUGUACGAGACGCUCUCGGACUCGCUCUCGUUGGUGCUGCCGCUCGUGAACCACGCAGAGACCUUUCACGUCGAAGACUCGCGGCCCCGGAUCCGGCUCUCGAAAAAGGCUGCUAGCCACGCCACGGUGAAAGCAGCGGUGGUACCCGAGCUGCCGCGCGCCAAAGGCUUCAAGUUCCAGCCGAUUUCAACGCGGUCGGUGUUUGGCCCGCCGUCGCGCCGUCAAGUCUACUGCGGCGUCCAAGGCUAUCGCGCGACGACGGCGCCUACUGUUACACCGUGGCAGCGGACCACCGGGGCGGUCAACGAAGGUGUCAGCCGCACAGCGCUCGUCUUCUACGACGUGCGGAAUGUCGUCGUGCGUGUCGAGUUGGCAGAGACCUUUGCGUACGCGCGAACGUGUCCGAGUCUGAAUGAUCCUGCUAUCGAGGUGCAUUGUCCGAACCGUGACGUUGUCCAAACCCAAGUGACGGGCCAUGUGACGGCGCAUGCGUCGCGUGUGCUGAUUCUCCAGUGCGCUGCCGCGUAUCGGUUCGUGCUGACGCCAGUAGACGCGAGUGGGCCUGGCCACUGCAAAGUGCUGACGUGGCACUGUGUCUCGCCCGACGUUGACGCGCUGUUGUCGACAGCCGAAGUGUUUCCGCAGCAAAAAGCUCAAUUCCUCGACGAUACGGUCCACGGCACGCGCUUGGCGACGCUGCCGGACGCGGUACUCGACCUCGUGCUCUCAUUUUUCGGCCGACUCUUUUUGGACGACGUCCAAGCCAGAGACAUUGCAAGCGUGAGCAAGCAAAAGCGAGCAGCGAUGGUCCGACGCUCGAUGGGCGCGCUGCCCACUGACGGCACAGCGUAGUGAAGCGUGAGAGCGAGUGCUCGCACUGACUUCGAGAGACGUUAUAACACGAUCGACACAGGGAGCAUUUUGUGCGAGAAA